UCAGCUUUCUUACACAUAUGUGUAAUAUAAAUCAAGAAUUUCUUUUAGAAUGUAAUAGGGGAGUGUGGGUUAAUUUCCUAGGAGCCCCCAGCAGUGAUUAUCCUCAUAGUCAUACAUGGAUGGGAAAGUACUUUUCCACUCACCAAGUGUACUUAGUACUUUCAAAGUCCAUAAAAGCUGGUUUAGCUGGCAAAAGGACAAGCCCGAACCUGAGUAAGGAAGAAGUGCUAAAGGUACGUAUGUGCAGGCAAAGGAGAAGUGUCCUGAAGGACCUUAAAUGGAAUCAGAAUCCUCCUUUUUUCUUUUCUUUCCUUUUCUUUUUUCUUUUCUUUUUUUUCCUUUUCUUCCUUUCUUUCUUUCCUUUUUUCUUUCUUUCUCUCUUUCUUUCUUUUUUUUGUCCAAUCUGUAUUUGAAUAUGAGAUUUGAAAGCGCUGCUUUCUUGCUUGUCUUUCUAGAGGAUCGAGGGACAUGAGAAAUGGCACAACAAUCACAGAGUUCAUCCUGUUAGGAUUUCCUGACAUCGAAGGACUGCAGGCCCCCCUUUUCGUAGUCAUCUUUUUCAUCUACCUAUUAACCCUUACAGGCAAUGGGCUCAUAAUUGCCAUUGUCUGGGUGGAGCCCAGGCUACAAAUACCAAUGUACUUCUUCCUCUGCAACUUGUCCUUCCUAGAGAUCUGGUACACCACCACGGUCAUCCCCAAACUGUUGGAAACUUUCGUGGUGGCAAGAACAGCUAUCUGCAUGCCUUGCUGCCUACUACAGGCCUUCUUUCACUUUUUCCUGGGCACCACCGAGUUCUUUAUCCUCACUGCCAUGUCUUUCGACCGUUACCUGGCCAUCUGCAAACCCCUUCGCUACCCCACCAUUAUGACCAGCAGCUUCUGCCUGCAACUUGCCCUCGGUUCCUGGGUGGUGGGCUUCACCAUUGUCUUUUGUCAGAUGCUGCUGCUUGUCCAGUUGCCCUUCUGUGGCAACAACGUCAUCAAUCAUUUCUACUGUGAUGUGGGUCCCAUUCUGAAAGCAGCCUGCACAGACACAAGCAUCCUGGAGCUCCUGGGUCUUUUGGCGACCAUCCUCGUGAUCCCAGGGUCACUCUUCUUCACGGUGAUUUCUUAUAUCUAUAUCCUGUCCACCAUCCUACAGAUCCCUUCAGCCACUGGCCGACGGAAGACUUUCUCUACCUGUGCCUCGCACUUGACAGUAGUCUCCCUGCUCUAUGGUGCUGUUUUGUUCAUGUACCUGAGACCCACAACACACUCUUCCUUUAAGAUUAAUAAGGUGGUGUCAGUGCUGAACACUAUUCUCACGCCUCUUCUGAAUCCCUUCAUUUAUACAAUUAGAAACAAGGAAGUGAAAGCAGCCCUAGUGAAGGCAAUGGCUUGUCCGAAGACUCCGCAUCCAUAG